UUUUCAUUUUGCAUUUAUCACUCUAAAACACUUCACUUGCUCCAUAAUACAGCUUUGCCAUACAAAUCACCAAAAACAAAAUAUGAUCAAAAUGAAUUGUUAUCUUAUUACAAUUCUGUUGUUUAUGAAGGCUAUAAUAUUGUGUAGUUGUAGUGGGUACUUCAACAACAGCCAGUUGGGGUGUAUACCUUCUGAAAGGAAGGCACUGCUAUAAUAUAGGUGGAAAUUCAUUCAUUAGUGGAAGUAUAGGUGCUUGGUUAGGAGAAGAGUUUCGAAGCCUAAAGUCUCUCUCACUUUAUGAUAACAACAUAUCAGGUCCUAUCUCAAAUUCUCUGGGCAUGUUGUCAGCCUUGGAGAAAUUAACAAUAUUCAACAAUCCUUUGGAAGAAGUAGUUUUGUCUGAAACUCACUUUGCUAAUCUUUCAAGCUUGACAUUUGUGGAUAUGGGAGAAACCUUCUUAACGAUAUGGGUGCCUCCCUUCCACCUUGAUGAAUUGCGUGCUAGCACCUGCAAACUCAAUGGUCAAUUCCCUAAAUGGCUUAAAACACAGAAGAACCUCACAUGGUUGGAGUUAUCUAACUCUAAAAUUCAAGGGGUGUUGCCAAAAUGGUUUCAUAACUUUUUAAGUUUUUUGGAUGCUGGUGAGAAUAAUCUAUCAGGCGAGGUGCCAACACAAAUUGUUCCAGAGUUGCAAAUACUUCGGUUGAGAAAUAAUAAACUCAAAGGCAGUAUCCCUCAUCAGCUGUGUUCAUUGUCUAAACUCAAAAUCUUAGACCUUGGUCAUAAUUAUUUAACUGGAACCAUCCCUAAUUGUCUCAGCAACCUUACGACGAUGAAGACUGUUUUAGAAGAUUAUAAUUAUCCUCCAGUUGCAAAUAAGAUUGACUUAAACAACAUCAAGGAGAUCCUCCAUGGAAUUGAGCUUGAAUACACAUCCAACUUAGGGUUGUUAGUGAACAUCGACCUUUCAUGUAAUAAACUGGUCGGCAGCAUUCCAGAUGGGAUCACAAAUCUCUCCUACUUGCUCAGCUUGAACAUAUCCUACAAUCAGUUGUCAGGACAAAUCCCAAGGAACAUAGGUGGCUUGAAGUCGGUGAUCUCUCUUGAUUUAUCAAGAAACAAACUCUCGGGAUCGAUCCCAACAAGCUUGGGUGCAAUAACUUCCUUGGAGUCCCUUGACUUAUCCUACAAUAAUCUCUCCGGCGAAAUCCCAACUGGAAGCCAAUUGCAAACCUUCAACGACCCCUCAAUUUACGCCGGCAAUCCUUAUCUUUGUGGAGACCCACUUCCCAAGAAAUGUGGUUCAGGAGGAAGACAGCCAAGACAACCAAGACGAAGACAGCGAGGACAAGCGUGAGACAAUGUGGUUCUACCUGGUGGUGAUGUCGGGGGUUGCAACUGGAUUUUGGGGAGUUGUAGGUAGUUUGUUUCUGAAAAAGAGUUGGAGGCAUGCUUUCUUUAGGCGUGUUGAAGAUAUGCAUGACUGGUUGUAUGUGGCUAUUGCUGUUAGGAUGGCUAAGUUGAGGAAUAAUAAUUAAGAUAGUUAUUGUAUUACAUCCACCAUAUAUAAGUGGCUAUAGCAUAGUAGUAGUAAGUCCAAGUUCGUACGACAAAUGCAUCAGAUGUGUUGUUGUAUUAACUUGUAAAUAAGAUGGUUGUAUGUAAGAUCUUUUUAACCAACUUGGUUUUCCUUUGCUGCUAUUGUACACCAAGUAUGGUACCUUUGUAUUUUCUAUUUUCUCUAUUGAUAUAAUUUACGGGGAUGCAGCACUCCGACAUAAAUUUGCUGCCAA